GCCCGCCCAGCGUCCGCGCUCUCCCGCGGCCGCGGACGCAGGCCCUCGCUCCUCCGCUUCCCCGUCGCCGGGGCUCCCACAGGCCCGGCGCUCCUCCUGGCUGGCGGGGCCAUGGCGCGGCGGCCCGAGGCGGGCGGCGCGGGCCGCGGUGCGCUGGCGCUGCGGGCGCUGCUGGCGCUGGCCCUGUGCGCGCCGGGCGCCGGCGGCCAGGCGCUGGAGUGGUACUCGGCCGUGGUGAGCCUGCAGUACGUGGACCGGCACACCAACCGGACCUUGUGCAGCGUCUCGGAGAGCAGCCGCUUCGGCGACAGCUCCCCCAAGGAGGGCGCGCUGGGCCUGGUGGGCGUCCCGCGCGCCGCGGACGGCGACCCUGCGGGCUGCGCGCCCGGCACGCGCUUCGUGGUGCCCGCGCCGGGCGGCCGCGCGGCCGCGCCCUGGGUAACCCUGGUGGCGCGUGGGGGCUGCGCCUUCAAGGACCAGGUGCUGGCUGCGGCGCGGAGCAACGCCUCGGCGGUGGUGAUCUACAACGAGGAGCGCCACGGGAACCUCACCGGGCCCCUGGCCCACGCGGGAACGGGAAAUAUAGUGGUCAUUAUGGUUAGCUACUCGAAAGGAAAAGAAAUUUUGGAUCUAGUACAAAAAGAAAUUCAAGUCAAAAUGACCAUUCGGGUUGGGACCCGCCAUGUCCAGGAGUUCAUCAGUGGCCAGUCUGUGGUGUUCGUGGCCAUUGCCUUCAUCACCAUGAUGAUCAUCUCAUUAGCAUGGCUGAUAUUUUACUAUAUACAGCGUUUCCUGUAUACUGGCUCACAGCUUGGAAGCCAGAGCCAUAGAAAAGAAACUAAGAAAGUUAUUGGCCAGCUUCCACUUCAUACUAUAAAGCAUGGAGAAAAGGGACUCGACGUGGACGCUGAGAACUGUGCCGUGUGCAUUGAGAAUUUCAAGGCGAAGGAUGUUAUCAGAAUCCUGCCGUGCAGGCAUAUUUUUCAUAGAGUGUGCAUCGACCCAUGGCUUUCUGACCACCACACGUGUCCAAUGUGUAAGCUCGAUGUCAUCAAAGCCCUGGGAUACUGGGGCGAGCCGGAGGACGCCCCGGAGGCGCCCACCGCAGAGGCAGCCCCUGGCGGUGCCGUGGCUGCAGGUGUGAGUGUCACUGUGGGCGCCGAAGACCGGAGUGCAGGCUGCCCGGCGCCCUCCGCCCGGGACCCCGCGCCGCCCUGCAGGGGGCGCCCCAAGGACGACGCGGGGGAAAGCACAGCCCUGCUCGGAGCAGUGGGGGAGGCGGCCGGCCCCGAGCUGCAUGGAGCGGGAGGCCCGGCAGAUGACUUGAAGACAUGAAAGCAAUUGGAACUAGGAAAUCCAGAGAAUUGAAGAUGUGGGGUUUUUAAAUAAAUUGAAUUUGAGUGCACUUAAAAGUUGAUUGCAUAAAAAAAAACACAAAGGACAUCGCUGGGGCCUGGGGCUGCGCUCCCCCAGCAGGCAGUGGUGGAAACUGCCAGUUACAAAGCAUAUGAAUCAUCAACUUUUGUUUCCCCAACGCUAAUAUGCAAAACCACGAUGCCCACGAUUAGGGAGAGGAAUCGGGUCUGGAGGUGCUCCUGUCACAUCAGCUUGGGUCUUCAGUUUAAGCAGAUCUAUAAUAAUAAAAGCGGAAUGUUUAUAAGUCCCUUCCUUCCAUAAGGAUAUACCUGAGAUCAAUUUAUAAACCUAGGAGAAUUACUUCUUAAUGUUACAAGAUUAAAACUUGUACUUCAGAUCACUAGGCUUGAUUUUCUUGAACUUUUGCUGAAGAUUGCAUUGGAAAUUCCUGUUGAAGAGAUUAUCCUAUAUAAUGAAACCCUAAUAUGCCAACCAACCAAAUGGCAGAAUGACCAGCUUCCAUGACAUGCACUGACCACCAGGGGUCAGGCGCCCAAUGACAGGGAGGCUACUGGUGGUGGCAAUCAGGACAGGGCUGGCCAGCAGGCGCACUGGGCCCUCCCCAAUCGCCCUGCCCACCAGUCACCCUGCAGAUGGCCUGGCACCAGGCAGGCCCAGGGACUCUACCCUCUAUAUUGGAAACAGUCUCUUAGAUUUAAAACUUAAACCUGGCCAGGCUGCUCCAACAGACAACGGUGACGCCUCGAGGACACACGUGGACUUUGCUUGUGCAUUGUGUGGUCAGCCCUGAUCCUGACACACCUGACAAAACCAUCACUUACCUUCUCUCUGCUUCUGUUUUCCACCCGUAGGACGGGGAGAUGGCACUACUGCCUCAGAGGGAUCAUGUCAUAUACUACUUUUUAUAAUCGGGACAAAAUAUGUAGCUGCCCAUACAACAGCAAGAUGCCGCUCACCGGUGUCAGACCCCUAGUUUCCCUAUAAAAUACAGUGGAGCCUUGGGCUUAAACUUAAUUUGUUCACAAGGCUGUUCAAGAAGUGAUUUGUUCCGAAACUGAACCAUUUUCCCUUAGAAAUAAUGUAAGUGGAAUUAAUCCGUCCCAGGCCCCAAAUGAUCCCGUGCUGACCUUCCCCAUGCACAGCACGUGUCUAACACGCUGUUUACUAUGAACACACACUUCUCUGACAUCCACCGGACCGCCUCCAGCUGAGCUUAAAGGAACCACGCCCCGCACUGGCCCAGGUGUCCGUCAGGCAGCCUGCGGCAUCUUCGCUUGUUCACAGGGCACUGCCCGGAAAUGCUGCCACGGCUAACGGCUCUUCCUUCACCAAAUCAGCCAGUUUUCCCAGCUCUCCGUGCCUGAGCUCACUGCUGCUUUCACACCCUAGCAACAAUAGCACACUUGAUGCCUCUUAUGUUUUAAAAUUGUGCUAACUGUCCAUUUCCCCGGCAACAGAACACAAAAAUAUUCACAGCUCAGCAGUCAAAAACCAAACUUUGGUUCCACAACGUAAAGUUUGGUUGUGGAACAAUUCAGUGUCUAUUGAAACUGAAUUGUUUGAGAGAUGUUUAAGAUUUGACGGUAUAUGCUUUGAAAAUAUGUUGGUACAUGAAUAAUUUUUUACAAUGCAAGAAAAAAAAAAGCAUUCCGAUCAUAGAGUUUAUAAAAAACAACUUUAAUAUAAGGCACUGCUGUCCAGUUACCGCGGACCUGAGCCCACAGGCCGCCCUCCCGCACCCCACAGAGGGCAGCGCCCCCGCGGCAAGCAGCUUACAGGGCAGUCCUCCCCACAGCAUGGAUGAGGUGGCUCAAAAGUCACAUCCUAGACUAAGAUCAGAACCAAAGAACAGCUCAAGAAAAACACAACAGAAAACCAUACCAGCUAUUAUAACCCUGACCAAGGUUUCUAAGAGUUCCCGUGUUUAUAAGAGGCCCAGGAAAUGAAUUUAUUCUUGUAUCUGUUAAGUCCUCAAAACAAUAAAGAAUGAAGUUACCAGUAUGUCCUUGGU